AAUCGUUUCCUUUUCAACAUGCAACUCAAUAAAGACCAGAUCGAAGACAUCAUGGUUCGGUUUGAAGUGGAGAUGCUGAAGGGUUUGGACUUCCCCAACUCUUCCAGUCUGAAGAUGUUGCCUACGCAUGUACGGUCAACUCCUGAUGGUUCAGAAAAAGGAGAGUUUUUGGCAUUGGAUCUAGGAGGCUCCAUGUUCCGUGUGUUAAGGGUCAAGGUGUCAGAGGAUGGGCGGCAGAUAGUCCACAUAUCCAGUAACAUCUAUCCCAUGACUGAAGAUAUGAAACAUGAAAACAGUCGACAGUUUUUUGAUUACAUUGCUGAAUGCCUGGCAGAUUUCAUUGAGAAACAGCAACUAAAAGAUAGAAAACUUCCACUGGGCUUCACUUUUUCCUUUCCUUGCAGACAGAGCAAACUGGAUGAGGGUAUUCUCAUCUCAUGGAGUAAAGGAUUCUUUGUUAAAGGAGUACAAGGAGUAGAUGUUGUCUCUUUGUUACGUGAAGCGAUUUCAAGACGAGGGGAUUACGAAGUGGAUGUGUUGGCUUUAGUGAAUGAUACCGUGGGAACCAUGAUGACGUGUGCAUUUGAUGACCCGUACUGUGAGGUUGGCGUUGUCAUUGGAACUGGCACAAAUGCUUGUUACAUGGAGGAAUUGAGACACAUCCAACUAGUGGAAGGUGAUGAAGGAAGGAUGUGCAUCAACACAGAAUGGGGAGGAUUUGGAGAUGAUGGCUCAUUGGAAGAUAUCAGGACUGUAUUUGACAGGGAAGUGGAUGAUGGCUCCAUCAAUCCAGGGAAACAUUUGUUUGAGAAAAUGGCUUCUGCAAUGUAUAUGGGAGAACUUGUGCGGAUCAUUCUGGUCCGAAUAGUUCGAAAUGGCAUGCUGUUCAAAGGAAAGACUUCAUCCAAACUCCUCACCAAAGGAUCUAUUAAUAUUGAAGACAUUAUUGCUAUACAGAAUUACAAUACAGGUCUGGAAAGUGCAAUGGAGAUGCUAAAGAAUCUGGAACUGGAGCCUUCUGAAGAAGAUGGCGUCGCUGUUAAGCAAAUUUGCAAAAUCGUCUCACUUCGUUCAGCCACUCUCUGUUCAGCCACUCUAGCUGUUAUUCUGCAACAUAUCAAAAAAAAUAAGAAAAUUAAGCGGCUUCGAACAACAGUGGGUAUUACUGGGACACUGUACAGACAAAAUAUGCAGUAUGCAAAGUACUUCCACAAGAUGGUUCGAAGCCUGGUCCCUGACUGCGAUGUGCGAUUCUUUCUGGCUGAACAUGGCACUGGGAAAGGGGCUGCCAUGGUGACUGCGGUAGCCCAGAGGCUCGUUCAUCAACGUAAAUAUAUAGAUAAGACCCUGGCACCAUUCAGACUCAACCGUGACCAACUGCUCGACAUAAUGGAUAAGAUGAGAUCAAAUAUGGAACGAGGACUAAAAACAGACACCCACAAUGGUGCCGCAGUCAAAAUGCUUCCCACCUACAUUCGUAAAUUUCCCACAGGAAAUGAGAAUGGCAAGUUCAUUGCUCUUGAUUUAGGUGGCACCAAUCUCCGUAUCCUACUCGUUGUGAUACAAUCUGGGAUGAGGAAAUCUCUUCGAAUGUACAGCAAAAUCUUCUCCAUCCCUCUGGAGAUUAUGCAAGGGACAGGUGAAGAGUUGUUUGACCACAUUGUAGAAUGCAUCGCUGACUUUCUGGAAUAUAUGGGAGUGAAAGGCACACGGCUCUCCUUAGGCUUCACAUUCUCCUUUCCCUGUGAGCAGACACAAUUGGAUCAGGGCAUUCUUAUUAGCUGGACCAAAGGCUUCAGUGCCACUGGUGUGGAAGGACAGGAUGUUGUUUCUCUAUUGAAGGAAGCUAUCAAGAGAAAUGAAGACUAUGAUGUGGACAUUAUGGCUGUGGUGAAUGACACUGUUGGCACCAUGAUGACCUGUGGAUUUGAUGACCAGCGCUGUGAAGUUGGUCUUAUUAUAGGUACCGGCACUAAUGCUUGUUACAUGGAAGAGCUGAGACAUAUAGACUUGAUGGAAGGUGACGAAGGACGGAUGUGCAUAAACAUUGAGUGGGGAGGUUUUGGAGAUGAUGGGUCACUUGAAUCUAUCAGAACAGAAUUUGAUCGAGAAAUAGACCGUGGUUCCCUCAAUCCAGGAAAGCAAUUGUUUGAGAAAAUGAUCAGUGGAAUGUAUAUGGGAGAACUUGUGAGGCUCAUUCUUGUCAAGAUGGCCAAGGAAGGACUGAUCUUUGAAGGAAACAUUACGCCAGAACUGCUUACCAAAGGCAAAUUGGAAACAAAGCAUGUAUCUGCCAUUGAGAAAAGCAAAGGUGGUUUGCUGAAAGCCAAGGAAAUUCUGACACGCCUGGGCCUGGAGCCAUCAGAUGAGGAUUGCAUUGCUGUGCAGCAUGUUUGUACAAUUGUUUCUUUCCGUUCAGCCAAUCUGUGUGCUGCUGCCCUUGGAGCCAUCCUGACCCGACUUCGUGAUAAUAAAGGAGUGCCAAGACUCCGCACCACAGUGGGAAUGGAUGGAUCACUCUACAAGAUGCAUCCACAAUUUGCCAGGCGCCUCCAGAAAACAGUGAGACGCCUGGUUCCCGACUGUGAGGUCCGAUUUCUCCUUUCGGAAAGUGGCAGUGGAAAAGGUGCUGCCAUGGUUACUGCAGUGGCCGCAAGGCUUGCUUCACAACGCAAAGAAAUAGAUGAAACACUGGCUUCAUUCACACUCACGCAAGAACAACUGUUUGAGGUGAAGAAGAGAAUGAGAACAGAGAUGGAGCUUGGUUUAAAGAAGAAAUCUCAUGAGACUGCAACAGUGAAAAUGUUGCCAACCUUUGUUCGUAGCACCCCAGAUGGGACAGAAAAUGGGGAUUUUGUAGCCCUUGACCUCGGUGGAACCAACUUCCGUGUUCUACUUGUGAAGAUUCGUAGUGGCAAGAGACGAACAGUUGAAAUGCACAACAAAAUCUAUGCUAUUCCCUUGGAGAUAAUGCAAGGGACCGGCGAAGAGCUGUUUGACCACAUUGUUCAUUGCAUCUCUGAUUUCCUCGAUUACAUGGGAAUGAAAGGUGCUCGGCUCCCUCUUGGUUUCACCUUUUCCUUCCCGUGUGAGCAGAAGAGUUUAGAUGAGGGUAUUCUUCUUACAUGGACCAAAGGUUUUAAAGCAACUGAUUGUGAGGGAGAGGAUGUAGUUACUAUGCUAAGGGAUGCCAUUAAAAGAAGAGAUGAGUUUGAACUUGAUGUUGUAUCAAUUGUGAAUGACACAGUUGGGACAAUGAUGACGUGUGCUUAUGAAGAUCCACAUUGUGAAGUUGGAAUGAUUGUGGGGACUGGCAGUAAUACUUGCUAUAUGGAAGAAGCAAGAAACACCGAGCUUGUAGAGGGAGAUGAAGGGCUCAUGUGCGUGAAUAUGGAGUGGGGUGCCUUUGGUGACAAUGGAUGCCUUGAUGAUAUCAGGACAGAGUACGACAAUGCUGUGGAUGAUCUGUCAUUAAACCAAGGGAAACAAACAUAUGAAAAAAUGAUCAGUGGGAUGUAUCUGGGUGAAAUCGUGCGAAAUGUGGUCAUCGAUUUCACCAGACGAGGAUUCCUGUUCAGAGGACAGAUCUCCGAGAGACUAAAGACAAGAAGCAUCUUUGAAACCAAGUUCCUGUCCCAGAUAGAAAGUGACCGCCUAGCUCUGCUCCAAGUCCGUGCAAUCCUUCAGCAACUUGGCUUGGACAGCACUUGUGACGACAGUAUCAUCGUUAAGGAGGUGUGCGGAGCUGUUUCUAAGAGAGCAGCCCAGCUCUGUGGUGCAGGAAUGGCUGCUGUUGUUGACAAAAUAAGGGAGAACCGGGAUUUAGAUCACCUGGAGAUUACUGUUGGUGUAGAUGGAACUCUCUACAAACUUCACCCACAUUUUUCAAAGAUCAUGCACAAAACGGUAAAAGAACUGGCCCCAAAAUGCAAUGUGACGUUCCUGUUAUCAGAAGAUGGUAGUGGAAAGGGCGCUGCUCUUAUUACAGCAGUGGCAUGUAGACUUCGUGAAUCUGGACAAUAAGAGCUCUCGUGAACAGCACCAACUCCUGGGACAGGGGUAGUAUUGCGUAUUCCCUGCACUUUCCUUUUUAAAACAGCUAUGGCUCCAUUGUCAUAGUUGAGGUUUUCAGUGUGUUCUGCUGAGCACUGCAUAGAUAAACAUGCAAAAAAACUUCCAUAUGAAAUGCCAAAAAGACCAGUAGCAACACACAGGUUAACUAGAAACUGCUGGAUUUGCAAAAGUCCCGAUUCCAAAAUUACUGUGCUCUGUCAGCUCCAGUUUUGUGCUUACUGUCAUCAAAUACACUAGCUUUUAAACUGUCUGUUCAUGAUUUUCUUAAGGCUGUUGAAGGGGAUAAAACUGGAUUCGAGCUCCAUCUAGCCUGUUUUUGUUGUAGUGGUACAGCAUUCUCUAAGUAAAAAGGAUAUCCUGAUUUACCUCUUUAUUACAUAAUUUUGUGAAGUAUUGUAUCGUGUCUUAACAAAGGUAUAUAUAUUUGGUAACUUAAAAUUCCCCUGAGAAAUGAAAACAGUUGUUAAAAUCUGAAAUACAUUUUCAGGAAAUAUAGUUGUUUGAUGUGUUACACAUUGUUGUCACCUCUUGUAGAUGAGUUUAAGAUCUGUGUAAAAUGCAUGCCUUAUUGACAAAGCAGAACCUUUAAUUUUAUACUCUCGUAGAGGCGCACGUGUUUUAAAGUGACUUUGUGAAUACAUUAAACUUGAUCUAAUGUGCUUCAUUUAGAA